AUGCUGAAUGAUCUCGACCAGCAAUUGAACGCCAUGCCGGACGUGGAUCCGAACCUCAAGCUGAACGAGCAGGCCAUGUACGGGCCGUUCUUCGGCACUCUCGGCGUCACAACUGCUAUGAUGUUCACUGCAGCCGGAUCAGCCUAUGGAACCGCAAAGUCUGGCACCGGAAUCGCCUCGAUGUCUGUCGCUCGUCCGGAUCUCGUCAUGAAGGCCAUCAUUCCCGUGGUAAUGGCUGGUAUCGUGGCUAUCUACGGUCUCGUCGUUGCCGUUAUCGUGUCUGGUAAGGUAGCGCCGGGUGGUCCCGAAUACACCCUGAACACGGCAUUCGCACAAUUUGCCGGCGGCCUGGUAUGCGGUCUAUGUGGUCUGGGAGCUGGUUAUGCGAUUGGAAUUGCUGGUGACGCGGGAGUGAGAGCCCUCUCACAACAGCCGCGAAUAUUCGUCGGUAUGAUUCUGAUGUUGAUUUUCGCUGAAGUGCUUGGUCUGAUGUCGUACGAUUUAAGCACCGCCGAGUCUCCAGCGUACGCUCCAUUCUUCGGUUACAUGGGCGCCGCCUCAGCUCAGAUCUUCACAGUUCUGGGUGCUGCAUAUGGCACUGCCAAAUCAGCAGUAGGCAUUUGCUCGAUGGGGGUAAUGCGACCAGAGUUGAUAAUGAAGUCUGUGAUUCCCGUCAUUAUGGCUGGUAUCAUUGGUAUCUACGGUCUUGUCGUUGCGAUGGUGUUGAAAGGAAAGGUGCAGUCGGCAAGUGAAGGCUAUAACCUGAACAAAGGGUUUGCACAUCUGGCCGCUGGACUCACAUGCGGUCUGUGCGGUCUGGGAGCUGGUUACGCCAUCGGUAUCGUGGGAGACGCUGGAGUUCGUGGAACCGCUCAACAGCCUCGUCUCUUCGUAGGAAUGAUUCUCAUCCUUAUCUUCUCUGAAGUACUUGGUCUCUACGGUAUGAUCGUCGCCCUGAUUCUCGGAACAUCAUAA